CGCAUACGUCUCCGCACGAGAAGAAAUUGGCGAAUUGAUAAUGGGGAGGCCGGCGGCGGACGGAGGCCGGUGCAAGAGGCACCCGAAGCACCGGCAGUCGGUCGGGGUUUGUCCCUUCUGCCUCAGGGAGAAGCUCUAUCAGCACCUCUCGACCUCUUCCUCCGCUGCUGCGGGUCUUUCUUCGUCGUGCUCUUCGUCGCUGUACUCGGACGAUGACGACGGCUCCGAUGACGUCUCUUCUUCGGCUUCCUCGCCUCCACGACUCCAUGAAAUGAAGCGGGCUAGGGUGGUUACUGGUCGGCUGACGAAGAGUCGGUCGUUGAUGUUCGCCGUCAGAGGCCGUCGUCGGAAGGAAGAGGAGGAGAAGAAGAAAGACAAGGAGUUGAAGGUGACGAAAGAGAGGUUUUGGAGUAAGCUAUUUGGUGCUUCGAGUAAGAAGAAGAAGAAACAGGAUCAAGGUGGUGGUAGUUUGCUGCAUUCUCUGACCUUCAAAGAAAAGCCUUCAGUAAAAUGGAUCUAAUUAUAAGAUAAUUCUCAAAUCAUACAUGUUUAUUUUAUUCAUUUGUUUCUUAUUUAAAUGAUAAUAUCAGUUAUAUUUAUGUAAUUAAUUGUCCUAAAAAUUACCUUGUUUAAUGGAAGAUAAUGUAUGAGAGAGAUGGAUAUUUUAAUAACUUUGGUUAAUUUA